UCCCCCGAGUUGGGCUCAACAUAGGAAUAUGAAGAUGAUCUCAGCAAAUAGUCGCUAAAGCUUGGAGUUUUGUGGCAGAACUAAUGAUAUAAAACAACCUACAAUUAUGCCUGCUCCAAAAAGAGAUAGUCAACACAGGACCUGUGCAAGAGGCAUAUCAAGGCCAAGGGAUGGUUCCCUGGAUCACAGAGAGAGGAAAAAUGACUCUAUCCCAGCAGCAAAUGUGGCCUCUGUUCUCUCACUGCCACCACUGGAGUCUCAGGAGCACCAUGCCUCCUCACCAGCCUUCAUGUAUGAGCCCCAGCCAGGUCGAGCCCUUAGCACUGGAAACCUCUCCCCUGCUCCCACUCCUCUGUCCAUGGUGGAGCUCCCUCACCUCGUGGCAGAGGUGGGUCCUGAGCUGGCCAUGAGGGAGUCACUGUGGAUGGAGGGACCUUGUCUGAUCGCUUCAGCGCUGGGGACUGAUAUCCCUGUCAAAGCUACUCAGGUGUCAUUUGAGGAAUCUGCUCUGGACAGCUUUACAGAUCAUGGAGACGUGUCCCAGGUAAAGAUGGCUGAUCAAGACAAGGAGACAGAAGACAGAAAAGAUGCCAAGCACAGAGAGCCUCUGACUGGCACAGAGGUGGUGGAAAUCUUUGCAAAGAAAAGACAUCUGGGAAAGCUUCAGUUUUUCCACUUGCAAGCUGUGAACAAUGGCCCAUUCAGACCGUAUGACCUUCGUGUGGUCCCCCCCAAUAGAGCAGGCACUGAGCACUUCAUCUUCUCCCCCUCCUCUGUGCUGCAUGUGCAGGAUGGAUGCAGUGCUGGGCUCCUUUCUCUGGCAGAGUGGCAUCGGGAGGCCAUACUGUGGAGAGCCUUGCAGGAUAUCCCAUUUUUCAGGGACUAUUUACUUCGUAAGGCAUUCAUCAGGUGGCAUAGAAGCGUGUGUAAGAUCACUCUGCAGAGGAAGGGUGAAGUACUGCAGGGCCUGCUACUCAUGGCUGUACCCCAGUUCAGAGACGCUCUCUUUCAAUUCUCCAGACUGAUUGAAGAACUGAAAGGGGUUCAUUGGUUGCCACAGGAUGAAUGCAAGACCUACACCCUUCUGGACUUCCAGAAUGCCCUCAUGAAAAAGAACCAGGAGUGCCGCAGGCUUCUUGAGAUAUUCUUGCAGUAUCGUGCUCUCAUCCUCAACAUGGUCCAGGAGGACAGCUAUGGGGCUCACCAGGAGCUGCAGUUACGUGUUGAACGCUCCCAGCUUAGCCAGCGCAGCCAGCCCCUGUACCUCCAGCUGGCUCAUCUGAGGGACCUGAGGAAGGAGCUGGGCCGGGCAGAGUAUGUCCUGCAGCAGCUGGGAAAUAUGGCCACCCUGGCCGAUCAUAUGAUCGUGCAGGGUAUCGUCACAAUCGCCCACCGAGAGGUCACUUCUUUCCUCAACAACGUCAUGAAGAGAGUGCAGCCACAGCAGGGGAGUCUGUUCCAAGCAGAGCUGAUAUUCGGAGCAGACGGUCAGCCAACUUUGUUCCCACCCAUGCACUUGUUCCAGGAGGUGCUGCGAGGGGCACUGCUGUCAGUCGCAAACUCUGCCCUUCAGGUAUUUGACACUUGUAGUUACUGUCUUGAUGCCAAGGAGAGUGUGUCUGCCAGCACCUCCCUCACCAGUGCUGCUCAGGAGUUAAGCCCUGACCUGAGCCUGGCCUGUACCAGUGGAACUAAUUGUAUCACAGCUUUUGGGGAGAAGGACAGUGAGCAGACUGGUGUCAGCAGCUUCUCCUCCAAGCGGGAGCCUCAUUGUGUUCUAUCAGCUCCCAGGCUGGUGCUGCCCAAGCUGACCCCUCUGAUGGUCCAGGGCCAGAGGCUGAGAGGGCAGUACUACCCCCUGUCCAGUAAACAGCUGGAAUGGCAGCUCAGCCUCAAUGCUGGGGCUAAGGAGGUCCAGAAAGAGCAAGCCAGGAUCUCACAGGAGGCUGGGCUUGAGAUCCAGCAGCUGUGUGAGGGACUCUCCUGGUUGGUUGACAUUCAUCUGUUUACCAGCCAAUGGAGUCCAGCUUCUCUGGAGACCAUGAGGGGCAUGCCUGCCUUACGCUACGAGGAGCACAUUCAGAAGGUGCGCUUCUGGACUGACAGGGUGCGCACAGUGCCCCCCUCUCUCACUACCUCCAACAAGCUGCUCAUCGUCACCUGCUCCCACAUCCAGGAGAAGAUAGGGCCUCUGUUGAACUCCAUAGAGGAGGAUGUGUUGACUCUGUUGAAUGAGGAGCUGAAGCUGCGCUCAGAGAACUUGAUAUUAGAAUUGAAGAGAGCUGUGGAAGGUCUUAGGGUCGAACCCACAGAUUUCAACGACUUCACCCACUAUGCCAGCAUGAUGCUGGACCUGUGGGACAUUUUUGUUCCUCUCCUGAAGCAGGGAGCAGAUACAGUGUGCCAGCGUCUUCCCUCCAUGGCUGACACCCUGGACAUCACCUUCUCCUCCCUGGCCCACGACCUGGACGAGAUGGUGACCAAAGCCACCUCUGGACCAUAUCUGGACCCCACUCAGAAUGCUGCUCAGAUGCUCAACAAGCUCAAGAUCAUGUGCAGACAGGUGUAUGCUGUCUCUGCUCGCCUGACAGAGCUCAGCAGGACAAGUAAAAGUCUCAGAGGAAACCCUCUGGAUUUGACUUUUGUAACCACAGCCAAGCAGAAGAUGGAAGCUCGCAAAGGACUGUGGGAGCUGAUGACUGUAUCCACCUCCCAGAUCCAAGAGUGGAGGCUGCUGCUCUUCAGCAAGUUUGUUGUGUUGAGAGCCCAGGAGAAGGUGGAUGAGUGGCUGCAGCAGGCGGUAUCCCUGGCCAGGACCAUCCCAUCCCGAGAUGCUGUGCUGCAGGAGACCCUGGGGAUCCUUGAGCGUUUCAACCAGCAGCUCCCUGUGCUGGCCAAACUCAGCAGCCCCACACUCAAACACAAACACUGGAGGAACAUCUUCAAAGGUAUGGGGUUACUUUAUGCACCAGAGUGGAACCUCACUGUAGCUGACCUGAUGUCCAAGAAGCUGAGAGAGCACCAGAAUAAAAUCAGCAAGAUUUGCCAGGAGGCUAAGGCAGAGGCGGACAUGGAGCAGGCCUUCAGGAAGCUUCAGAGACGCUGGGAGGGGGCACUGUUCCGACUGGCCAAGUUCAUUGUUACUGUUUGGCAGGAAGAUAAACCACAGCUUGGUGCCACACGGAGAAAGAAGCCCACUAAUGGCCUGGUCUCAAACUACCAAACACCCAAACAGCACUCUCGUGACAGUGGCACCUUCACCAUCAUUGGUCUGGAGACACUCCUGGCUCAGACACAGGACAGUGUAAUGACUCUGUCCAACAUGCUGCUCUCUCCUCACGUUGCUGAGUUCAGGCUGGAGGUGGAACACUGGGUGCAGCUGUUGCAAGAACUGGGUCCUCCUAUUGUGACGUCUUUAUACUACUUUUUAUCAACUGUGAUUUACUUCCAUAUUUUCCUCUACUUGCAAUAUGUAGAGGAACUGCUUGAUUUCUUUGAAAGGUACCAGCAGAAGUGGGUCUUCCUUAGCAAAAUGUUCUACGAGACAACGGUCAGUGUUCAGAAGGCAGAACUGUUGAACAGGUUCCUUCCUGUGGAUAAGACUUUCAAGGAGAUUAUCCAAACUACACUAAGGGACCCCCACGUGCUGAACAUAGUGCGGCUCAGGAAGACAACAGAGUUGACUUGCUGCUUCCAUGGACACAGCCUCCGUGUUCUCCUCAUAGAGGGUCUGUCCACCAUGGAGGGUAUCUCUAACCAGCUGCUGUACCUCCUGGGCUCCCCCCGCAGGGAUUUCCCUCGCCUCUGCUUCCUGAGCGAUGGGGAGGUGAUCAAACUCCUCUCUCUGCACCCCACGCCCUCCGCUCUGCUCCCUCUGGUGCGUAAGUGUUUCCGAGGGGUGCGCUGGCUGGAGGUGGACAGCAAAACUGACAUGCCCUCUGAUGUGACAGAUCUGAGCAGUGGCUUAGAUCUCUCUGACACCCAGAUGUGUGUACGAGGGGUGUAUGGUAGUGUCAGGGAGCACGUGCCCUUCCUCUGCCCCCUGGAGCCAAACCUCAACCCCCUGAUGUGGCUAUGUCUCCUGGAGCUGCAGCUUCAACAGGCCAUGAAGCAGCUCAUGAAGCAGUGUGCUGUGGCACGACAACAGUUCGAGCUGUUGGAACCGGACCCGGAAUGGGAGAAGAAAGUUGGGGACUCCCUGUCACAUGACCCGUUUCGCUACACCAGCCCAUCAAGCUCCCUCAGAAAGGAAGAGGGUAAAGAAGCAAAAGGAGUGAACGAUUUGCCUUCUAUGUGGAGUAUACUCUCUGACUACCCACUGCAAUGCCUGUUAGUGGCUGAAGAGGCUUUAUGGUGCAGUGAAGUUCGGACGGCUUACAAGGCAUCAGCUCUGGUCAAGUGGCCCCGCAUCAAGGCACAAAAUGCUUCCAAACUCCAGAGCUUGUGCCAAGCCAUACAAGACGGCAUCACGGGUGAUAUUGACAAAUCAAUGACCACCCAGCGCAUGGUGACAGUGCUGCAUGCUCUGGUGUUACUCACCAUGAACCACUCGCAACAGUUAUCUAGGCUCAUGGAGGUAAAGUGUGACCUCGAGUCAUCUUUUGAGUGGCAGAGUUUGAUGAAGUACCAUCUGAUUACAGACACUCAGAAUGAGUCAACAACACAAGAGGGACACCAUGAUUUGUGCUAUGUUGAAAUCUUGGGCACCCAGCUGCCCUAUGGUUACGAAUACCUUGGCCCAGAGCACUGGAUAUUAGUAAACACCCCCUCCACAGAUAGAGCAAUACUGGGUAUCCUCUUGGCUCUGACCAGCUACAGGUGUGGCUUUGUAAGUGGACCUUGCAUGUCUGGAAAGAGGAAGACUGUGGUUCAGUUAGGAAGAGCACUGGGACGUCAGGUCAUCUCCUUACAGUGUUGUGUCAAUACGAGUCCCUCUGUCGUCCAGCAGAUGCUGUUUGGUGCCCUUCAGACCGGGGCCUGGCUGGUCCUGGACUGUGUAGACCUGAUGACCCAGGGAGUGCUUUCCCAACUAGGGCAGCAUCUUUCAGACAUUCACCAAUCCCUGUCCAUCCUGCAGAGAAAUACUCAGCAGAAAGGCUUUGAGACCCAUACCAAGACUUUAUCCAGUUUCUCCAACCCAAACGGAGAUGGUACAGUUUCACCAAGAGACAGCCAUGGCGACAUUUGGAAAGAGUGCAGGAAGUCUAAUGAGCUUGAGUGCCAGAUGUCUUUUUCUGGGGAAAACAUAUUUGCCAAACUGAGCUAUGGCUGUGUAAUCAUUUCAUCACGAGGAUACACAACAGAGGUCCCAGAGAAUCUGCGAGUGGCGACCAGGCCAAUUUCGUUGGCCCACCCUGACUACAGGAUCAUCACAGAGGUCAUGCUAGUCUCCCUGGGCUUCUCAGAUGCUGUGUCUAUAAGUCGAAGGCUAAUCUCCCUUUUUAGCCUGGCCAAAGACUCCCUCUGUCUCCCUGAUUCUGUCAGUGGUGAGCAGACAUCCUGGAUGGUUCUUCUCAGAAACGUCAUUGCUGCCUCUGGGACACAUCUCCGCAGCAACAGCCGGCUGGAUGUGCAUAUGGAGAAAGUGUUGAGGGAGGAACCUGACGCUCCUAGGCUUCCUCUGAAUGGGAUCCUCAACCCCCCUGAGAUAGAUGGAGGAGACAAAUGUCCCCAGUCUACCCACUACAAGAGUGCCAACCAGUCUGCUGCCCUCAUGCAAGCUGUGUUGGAGGAGCAGGCUGUUGUCAACAGUGUUUUGUCAAUCCUACUAUCGGCUAUCUUUGAGCAGAAGAAAGCCUCACAGUUCCGCACCAUAUUUGAAGAGAUCUUUCCAGUGGCGCGCUCCCACCCUAUUCUCCAACAGUACAUUGAGGAGGAAGGGGAACAGAACAUCCUGAAGACAGCAGUUACAGAGGAGCUGCAACAAACGGGGUUCCAUGCUGAUACCAAAGUGCUGCGCAAUGCACUCACCCUCUAUCAGGCUAUGAAGCUCUCCAGAGCAGUUCUUCUGGUUGGCCCUGCUGGGAGUGGAAAGACAACCUGCUACCGUGCCCUGGCCGGAGCACUGCGUAGACUGGCAGCUAGGGCAGAGGAGGCCGAAUUUGAUGAGGAUCUCACCUGUGAAGGAGAUGGUAUGGAAACUGAUUACCAGUCCUCUACUUCAAACUGGAGCUCUGUUGACACCGUGGUCUUAUUCCCCAAUGCUUUGUCCCACGAGGAGCUCUUUGGGGGCUGCUAUGAACAGCAGGGGUCCUGGUGGGAUGGUGCUUUCACAAAAGUACUGAGAGGCUCAGAGCAGCAUGACUUGUCAGCCACCACCACCUCUAAAAAGAAGAAGACGGGGGGUCAGACGAGGAAGGGGAAGUGGCUGGUGAUGGAUGGAGAGCCGUUGGGGCAGCCUGGUUGGUUGGACUCCUUCAGCACCCUCUGCAAUCCUGAGGAUCCCUUCCUGUGCCUCUCCUCAGGAGAGAAGGUUCGGCCAUCCCACAAGGAGCUGAAACUAUUGGCAGAGGUCACAGACCUGGGAGAUGCAGCCCCUUCUGCAGUGACCCGCUGCAACCUGGUGUAUCUCUCUGGGAAGGACCUGUGGAAGGCUGUGUGGAAGGUCGAAAUGGAUGCUCUCUACAGAGAGCACAGUCUGGAUCAGGGGACCCUGAAGAUGUGGAACCGUUUGGCUGAGGACCUUUUCUCCAGCACACUCACUUUCAUUAGGCACAAGGCACUCACACCUGUCAUGCACAGCGAGGGAGAUGGAUCCAGUAAAUUCAGUAAAGGCAUCACUUAUGGACUGCAAGAAGUGAAUUCAUUCAUUAGGAUUCUACAUGCCCUCCUGGAGCAGUUUGGGAAAGGACGGGGGUUAAAAGCUACACCAAGGAUGACAGACAAAAGAGAAAUGAACCCAGUUGGAGCUCACCCGACAUGCACAGAUGCCCUGAUCCCUUCAACUCAGCAAGAGAUUCAAGCCAGGAACCUCUUUCUAGUGGCUUAUAUCUGGGGCUUUGGCGGACACCUGCAUCCCAGACACUGGCCCCAGUUUGACCUGCUAGCUCGUGAGGCGCUAUUUGAGAGCCGGUACAGAGUGGAGGUUCCCUCUGAGGGGACGGUCUUUGAACACUUUUUUAACCUGAGUGAGGGGAUGAUGGGAGACACUAGCAACCCCAUCAACUGUUCCAGGAGCAAGAGCCCACAGAUGGUCUACACAACUGUCCCCCAGUAUGAGAAAUAUGCCUACCUGCUGGACCUGAUGUUGGAGGCCAAACAGCCAGCGAUGCUGGUGGGAGAGGCAGGCUCAGGGAAGACCAUGCUGUGUCAUUCUCUAUUAAGUCAGGACAGGGCACACAUCCGCCUGCCUGCCAGCCCACGCCUGAGAUCCACUGACCUGCGCAACGUGCUGGAGAGCAUGGGCUGCCAGAAGACCCGGCUAGGAACCAUGGGUACUAUGAUCAAACAGCCUGGACUGCUCCUGUUUGUGGAUGACCUCCAUGAAGCUCCCUGUGAUGCUUUUGGAAAGACGUCCAUGGCUCUGGAAACACUGCGGCAGUGCAUUUCUCGAGGCGGCGUUCUAACUUCAGAUGGUUAUCAUUUCAAGCUGUUUAGUUCCGGAGCUAUCAGCUACUUGGGUACCUGCCGCACAUCAGGAGUGGGCAACCAGUCAGAUUGCAAUCGGAUCUCCUCCCGCCUCUCCCGUCACUUCUCCAUCUUGGUGCUGCCCAGCUUGUCUGUAGAUGUUUUAUUCUCCAUCCACUCUCCACAGCUACAGAACUGGCUCAAAGAGUUCCCAUGCAUGCCCAGGUACAUGGAUAUGGCACGAUGUAUCAUCACUGCAACCUUAGACCUGUAUUAUGCCGUGUGUGAGCAGUUCCAACCCAACGUCCACAGGCCACACUUCCUCUUCUCCAUGCAUGACCUGCAGAAGGUGUUUCAUGGCAUAUGCUUAUGGGCACCGCGCAAUUCUAACAGACAAUCACUCCAGAAGAAGAUUAGCCUCAGGGUUCUUCACUCUUCCUCUGCCCUUCCUUGCUUUGCUCCAGCCACACUGGGCCCUGCAGCCAACAUGCUCAACAUAGCUCGUCUGUGGAUGCAUGAGUGUCUGCGCACAUUUGGAGACCGGCUGUGCUCAGAGGAUGAGGGCCAAGCGUUGGUGUCACUGAUGGCCAAGGUGUCAGAGAGACACUACAGCAGCAGGAUGACAGUUAAACCCCAGACUGCAAGAGCAGAGGACACCCCAUGUGCUGCAUCAACUAGGCCUAGCACACAUAUACCCCCUCCUACACCAACAGACUACCAGAAGUCAAGCCAUCAGCGACCAUCCACUCCAAAUCAGCCUGCCAAGUCCCCAUUACCUAUUAAGGCUGAAACACACACAGAACAGGAGGAGCAAGCAGAGUUUUCUGACAGGGUGAGCAGCUCAGACUCCAGCUCAUGGGGCAGUAGUGAGGAUGAUUUAUUUGGUGAGAUCUACCCCCAAAAACAAGAAAAUGACAAGAAAAAGCAUGUGAAGAAACCCCUCAAGAAAGAUGUCUCUCUUUUUCAACCGACACAGCUCAUAUCAAGCUCACAUCAAGCACUGGAUCCCUCUCCUCCAAAAGGACCUAAACCAGUCAAUCAGUCAGACUGGAAGAGGAGCCAUAAGCUGUGUGAACAGACCCCACAGACUGAGCCCAGCCCAGCCAGGCCCCUUGUGCCUUUACAACUCCUGCAGGACAUGGAGACUACUAUUCAACAUGUUGUCUUUAGUGUAGAGCUAUUGGAGCCGCUCCCUUCCAUGUCUCAGCAGCACAAUUUCAAACGCAACUCUGCCUACCUGGAAAGAGACCUGGGGUUACUAGUUCAGCAGCUGGCUUUCACAGUCAAAAGCAAAGAGGAGGAGGAAGAAGAGGAGUUUGAUGAUAACUACAGGAGCACCUCUAGUUACACUGUGCACAGGCAGAGGGUAUGUCAGCUGGUGCACGUCCUCAGGGCUCUGCUCAUACCUGGCGGGCAUGGGGCUCUGUUUGGGGCUGUGAGAGGCACAGGCCGAAAGACCACAGUGCGUUUAGCUGCCUAUCUCACUGGCUAUCAGUUGAUAGAGGUGCAUCCUGGGAAUGAGAGUCAGUUGCGUGAGAUGCUGCGGGAGGCAGGUGGCCAGGCAGGCGUGCACGGUGGCAAUGUGGUGAUACUUGUCCACGAGGAGACCAGUCAAGCUGCCAGAGAUGAACUGAUAGUGGUGAUGGCAGACGGGACCUUCCCAGGGCUCUACUCUGACGAGGAGCUGAAGAAUCUGGUGCUGAGAAUCAACGCUCUCAUCAAGAACUCACGCAAUCGUCUACGAGAUGACCAGGCCCUUGAGAAGUAUUUCAGACAGACCCAGAGGAAUGUGCAUGUGUUCCUGCUGCUGCCCUUCUCCCCAGACACCAGUGAAAUGCCUCCUGAGAACGCCUCAGUAACCCUGGCAGUGGCGCACAUGACCAAGGCUCUCAGCCUCUGCUGCUGUGUGGAGGUAUACCAGCCUUGGUCCACCCAGUCCCUUGUUGAGGCAGCCUUUUGUCGCCUCAGAGAGAGCCUGCAGAUACCCGACACAGAAAGCAAAGUGGACAGAGAUGUCUUAGUGGGCAGUAUUUCUGAGGCCAUGGCAGGGAUCCACCAGUCUGCCUGUAAAUAUGCCUCCAUCCUCCACCCGGACCUCCAGCCUUUCAGCCCCCAGACAUUUUUGGAGCUGAUCGCUCACUUCUUCCACCUCUGCAGCCACCUCUGUGAACAGGGCCGGGGCCAGGCUAACAGAGUGUCAACAAUCUUGGCCCGUGUGAAAGACAUGACAGACACAGCUGAGCAGAACAGCCAGGAAGUUGUCAGACUGAAGAGGAAGAUUGCAGAAACACAAAAGUGCUUGUACCCGCUGCAGCGUGUGACAGACACAGAGCGAACGCUGUGUGAGCGUGCCCGGCAGCACUGUCUACUGGAGGAGAACAGACUAUCUCACCUGGAGGAACAGACUCAUCAGGCCCAACAGCAGGCAGAGGACGCCUUCAAGGAGGUGAGUCCUCUGUACCAAACUGCACUUGAUGCUCUUCAGUCUCUGAGCACGUCAGACCUGGUUGAGGUGCGACGCUACAGAUUUCCCCCAGACGGAGUGAUAAUCGUUAUGGAUGCCAUAUGCCUGUUAUUCAACCGCCCACGCAACUGGGAGAGCAGCAAACAGCUGCUGGGACAGUCCAACUUCUUCCAGGAGUUGGAGUUCUUUGACCGCUCCAUGUUGAGCGACGACCUGUUCCGUCAGUUGGGCCAGAUAGUGCCGCAACGAGCAUUCUUACCGGAGUCUGUGCGAGGUGUGAGCCGGGCGUGUGAGUCCCUGUGCCGCUGGGUGAGGGCAGUGUACCAGUAUGCUUGUGUCCAGCGCCACAUGGCCCCCCAGGAGGCCCGGAAGAAACAGCUGGAAGUGCGCAUGGCGGAGAGCCGUGCCCGGCUGCGUGUGGCCAGGCUGCAGGAGGAGGAGGCCCGGGAGCAGCUGGAGGACAUGGAGAGACAGCAGCAGUUCCUCAGACUGGACCUGGAAGAGCUGACCACCCAGCUGCGUAAGGCUGAGACCCUGGAAAGAAAGGCUGCUGCUGCAGUACAGCAGGUCCAGUGUCACAUCACUGACUGGACUGCUGCAGCAAAGGGAAGUAACACUCAUACAUACCAAUGGAUAUGUCCCAAAUGGAACCCUAUUCCCUAUAUAGUGCACUACUUGGGCCCUGGUCAAGAGACAGAAAUGAAUAACCAGACCAUAUCAGGGGACGCUCUGCUCCUGGCUGCCACAAUCACCUACCUGGGUCCAUUUUUGCCAGAUGUACGGAUGGUACUAUUGGGGAAGUGGAGAGAGCUGUGUCUGUCUGGACACAUUAACAUCAACCCUGAGGACCCUAGGACCUCUCUACUCCCUAACCCUGCCUCCGUAGCCCCUGGGCCCCUUGAGGCCCCUCUCCAUGUCCCCAUCCCUAUGGGAGCAGAGCUGCAGAUGGCCCUGGCUAGGGCUGUAGGGGUGGACCAUCGCCAGGUGCUCGGGGUGCCUCCCAGGCUGGUGCUCAAGCUGCUGCUGUGGGGAUACAGAGGCCCCUGGGCUCAACACUGGCCCCUGCUGGCAGACGCUCAGCAACAUGAGAUGAGUGCCCAGGCCAUGCUGCUGACAGGGCAUCUUCCAGGUGACGACACCACAGCUCAGAGGGAGGGAGAGUAUGAGCUUGUGGUCAGUGCUGAUGACCCAGACCUACUGGACAAAGUCCGGCAGGGUUCAGAGAAAGGAUUGAGGGUGUUGGUUACCCACGUGGAGCGAGCAGUCCCCAGCCCAGAGUUCCUGGAGGUGUUGAUGCGGCCGGCAGGGAGCCAUUCUCCUGGUCUGAGACGACCUGUUCAGACAGCCCAUCCAGAGUUUUGCCUGUUCCUCAGCACUCCACUACCAGUCAGACUCAUACUCAAUGAGAUCCACCCGUCUAUCCUGUCUGAGGUGUAUGUCAUUGACCUCUCUCUGAGCUCCACUGAGGUGCAGGAGCUCAUGUUGACAGAGCUGGUGCAGUCCGAGUGUCUGGAGCUGUGGGUUCAGCACUGUCUCGUCAACACCGACAAGAAGGCACUGCAAGACAAACUGUGCCAGGAAGAGGUCUCUCUAAUGGAGUACAUCCUCCAGUCCUUCACCCCUCUGCUGCAGGACCCUGAGUUCCUCCCCCGGGUGUCAGCCUGUCAGACAGCCUCCCACAAGCUGCAGGCUGAGAUUAUGGAGCUGAGCCUGGAGCUGGAGCGCCACAAGCCCCUCCUGGCUGACUUCCACAGAGUGGCAGGGCUGGCCACAGCCCUCUACCAGGCCCUGCAGGAGGUGGCACGCCUCUCCCCCUUCUACUUGUUCCCCCUGAGGAACUUCCUGUUCGCUGUGAGGGGGACGUUAGUCCUGAAGGGCCGACCUGAUGUUACCUUUAGUGGAGAGGUAGUGACAGGGGCGGUCAUGGCAGAGAUCACACACAGGAUGGUAUCUCACCUGUUGGCCCAGUACCGGCCCUGCCUGUUCCAGAGCCAUGCAACGCUGCUGAGGCUCCUGGUGUCUGUGGCUCUGUUCCUGCACAACGAGGACUGCUCGGAGGUGGAGCGGUUGGCAUUCCUCAGGGGCCUAGGAGAUAUGGACCUCCCAGUAGAUGCUUCCACACCAGCCUCACCUCCACCAUCUACCUCUCCAUCUCAGCAUCAUGUGCUCCCCAGCUGGGUGCCUCCUCACACCCACACAGAGGUCCUCCGGCUACACAACAUCCCAGCCUUCACAGGGCUGCUCUCAUCCCUUGCCACCUCUCCCAGCCAGUGGCAGGAGUACCUACGCUUCCCCUCCUCCACAGUGGUGGGGCCUGUCCCCUGUCACUCUCACGCCCACCUGUCCACUCUGCAGAGGGCUCUCCUCUGGAAGACCAUGCUGCCCCACUGCCUGGCUGCUGUGGCUGAGGACCUGGCUGCCUGUCAUCUGGGCCAGCCCGUGCGGUCAGCGGUAGCUGGGGCCCCUCACACCGGCUCCCCAGAGGCCCUCUCCCGCUUCCUGAACAAACACAAUGGGCCAGUCAUAGUCACACUCCCAGGCCCAAGCAGAGAUGGUUGGGCUAGCAUCCAACCCCUUCACUGGCUGAAACAAGUGUCCCAGUACCAAACAGACAAAAGAGGGGUGAAAGUCAUAUCAUUUGGAGCUAAAUGCCAGAAGGAGGUCAUCCUCUCAGCACUGAAGAUCGCUGUUCAUGAUGGCAAUUGGCUGGUCUUUAACAACUGUCAUCUGUUAGACCAAUGGGAUGACGAAGUGGUGUGUCAACUCAAUCAGUUGAUAUCCUGUGCAGCCAAAGGGCACCAAACAGAUGUGGAGACAGAGGGCCUCAUUCCAGUUGGGCUGUGUGCAGGUAGUCGGGUCCACCCACGCUUCAGACUUUGGUUUAUCACACGAGGAUACAACCCACUCUCCAUCCCAGCGUCAAUGAGAGUGUGUGCGCUGCGUCUGGUCUGUGACUCUCCUUGGGAUGUGAAGGAGGAGCUGUGCUCUUCUCUGCGUCAGGUUGUGUCUGUCACUUCGUCUGCCCCAACCUCUGGUGUCACAGCCUGCACCAUGGAACCCAUGCUGCGCGCUGCCAUCCUGCACUCUGUCCUGCUGCAACGACAGGCAUACAAACACCUAGGCCAGGGAAACAUCUAUCACUGGACUCAGGAGGACCUGCUGGCGCUGGUGGAUGCUCAAGUCCGUAUCGCCAAAGUCUGUGGCAACCCAACUGGGGCGCUGGAGUACAUAGCAGCCAACCUGGUGUAUGGAGGCCAUGUGGCAGACCUGGCAGACCUGGAGGCAGUGGAGAGUGUGUCUAGGGCCUGUCUCAGAGCAGCACCUCCUCUCUGGGGCAGUGGGCCUCACACUCUCUCUGAUAUCAUCCACAUACCUAGCCGCUGUGACUUAUCAGGCCUGCUGCAAAGUCUGGAGCAACGUGUUCAGGCUUUGGCCAACACCAGCGACCCCUUGGUGUUGGGCUUUAGUGCUGGUUUGGCAGAAGAGCUGGUGAAGGUUCACAGCCGCACCCUGAACACCCUGCUUCAAGACUCCCAGAAGCCCUUUGGCAGGGUCUGGAGCACCAACAAGCUGACCCACCCUGCUCUGCUGCCAGACUUCACCCAGGCCAGGGACCGACUACUGGCCCUAAAGGAAAGUCUGGGACGCAAGGAUGACAUCAGGGUUGUGAGUGUUGGAGCUCCAUCCCUGGGACCCCUACGCUACUUCCUCCAAGCAGAGUGGGACGGACUGGUUGAUGUGGUUUCCUCCCUGCAUUCUGAGCUUAACCAGCCCAUGCGAAACAGCAAGCCUACUGUCUCCUCUCUCCUGACCGUCUCAAGCCUGUUCCGCUUAGAAAGGAGAGCAGAGCUGCUCAAGGCGUACCUAUGUGAUAAGGCCACCAGUGGUCCUUCCAAUGCGUACCGCCUGUCUGCCUUCUCCAACGCCAGGGGCUUUCUGGGCGCGUUAAUCAGGGAGGCUGCCCAUGCUAAGCAGAGGGACAUCAGCAACAUCUCUCUUCAUUUCCAAGUGCUCAGUGCUGCAACAUCCCCAGCCUCUCUUCCCCUGAGCGGUGUAUAUCUGUGUGGACUAGAACUGAGAGGGGCACUGUGGGAUACGCGGCUAGGAGCCCUGCAGGACACGCUCUCCCCCCAGCCCUGCCUGCUCCCCCUCCUCUGGGUCAGAGCACGGGUGAGGAACACAGACACUGUCCGAGCCCCAGACAGCCCCCCCUGCAACACAUCCUCCCUGCCCCUCUACCACUGUCCCCUCUAUCUGGACGGAGAGCAUGGGGACAGUAGAUACUGGGAACUGGCUGAGAAUAACAUUAUCACUCGUGUCCCUCUAUUGGCAAAGCUAGAUCCUGUGCUAUGUACACUAAGAAGAGUGAGGCUUGUGAGUACCCUGUGAGACUAGACUGCAGAAUUCAAUGCUGC